UCCGACUAUUUGUGAAAUGAAGUUUUUUGGCUUAUGUUUGAUGAUUGUUGGCCUGGUGUUUGUACACGAAGGCCAACCAUAUCCCUCAAAAUCAAUCGUUCUGCAUCCCCCUGACUCUAAAAGUGUUCGAAAUUACUUUGUGGCAUUGGCGAACAUGCUGUAUGAAAUUUAUGGAAAGGUAAAAGGAAAUGGAAAACCAUCCAAAGGAGGUGGCGGCAAAGUGUUCAAGAACUGUAAAGAACUCCGUAAACGCGGUUUUAAACAAAGCGGUGUCUAUACCAUCGACCCAGAUGGCAAAGGAAGAUUCAAGGUUUACUGUGACCAAAAGACCGAUGGCGGAGGGUGGACGGUUUUCCAGAAAAGACAAGACGGUUCGGUAAACUUUUACCGAGGAUGGAACGACUAUAAGAAUGGAUUUGGAGAUCUUAAAGGCGAGUUCUGGUUGGGUCUCGAUAAGAUCAAACGACUGACCCAUCAAAGAAGAAACCGUCUUCGUGUUGACCUGGAAGAUACCAAAGGAAAGACCGCGUAUGCCGAGUACGAUUACUUUGCUGUGGCCAGUGAACGAGCCAAGUACAGCCUGAGUUUGGGCUCCUACAAAGAUGAUAAGUCGAGUGGUAGUAACUGUGCUGUACAGUUCAAGGGUGCCUGGUGGUACAAUGCCUGCCACAGCUCCAACCUUAAUGGUCUGUACCACCACGGUAAGCACAAGUCCUAUGCUGACGGUGUGAAUUGGUAUCACUGGAAGGGUCAUUACUAUUCCGCUAAGAGAGCUGAGAUGAAGAUAAGACCAGUGUAAUCAUUGUCAGUCUGUUGUACCGACCAAGGACAAAAUAAAGAUGAUUUGAAAAACA